AUGCCUUCAAUAUCGAUACACGUUCUAUCGUUGGCCCUGUGCUUAUCGUCAGGAUUCCAACAAGGCUACAUCGCUUCAGUUCUUAAUCAGCCAUAUCUACAAAUUGAAAGCUUUAUUAACCAAUCGUGGGUAGAGCGAUAUGACAAGGAGAUGAGCCAUGAAAUGCUGAACGUCAUGUUGUCGCUGCUGAACGUUUGCUUUCCCAUCGCGACGAUUUUCGGGCAGUUCUUGGCGGCAUUUCUUUGCAAGAAGAUUGGUAGGAAAGGUACAGCACUACUCGCGAGUGCUCUAUAUAUCCCCGGUGUGCUACUGAGUUUUGCCUCAAAAUACCUGCAUCCCUACUUUGAGCUUCUAUACGUUGGACGCAUUUUAUGGUCACUGGCAAAUGGUGUCAACAGCGUUAAUGCAACUGUCUGGAUUGUCGAAUGUGCACCUCCCACGAUACGUGGUAGAAUGGCGUCCAUGCAGGAGUUUUUCAUGGCUAUCGGUUCUCUGAUCACUCAAGCCUUCGGUGUUCCGUUUUCAAACGAAGAACUUUGGCCGUUCAUCUUUCUGCCAAACGCCGUUUUUGUACUUCUCUCGAUGACUCUAUUCUUCGUUGUCCACGAAUCACCGCAGUUCAUUUUGGAAAAGUCUGGAAACAGGGACAAGGCUCGUAAAGCUUUGGCCGCUUAUCACGGUGUAGGGGUUGAAGAUGCAACCGUUGAAACAGAGAUGAGAAUAUGCGAAGAUAGUCUGUGCAAAACGAAGGCUAAAUCUAAGCAGACGAACCCCUCCAUACAGACCGAGCACGAUUCAGUGACCGUGAUUUUCAUGCCAUGGAAAGCUCGAGACCCUACUUCACAAGUGAUUCGGCAAGCGGCUUGGCUUGGAGUGAUGGUAAAGAUUGCUUAUGUAUUUACUGGAGCGAGAUGCCUUCGAGCGUUCAGCACCUUUGUUCUCUACAACCUAGGACGGUGGAGUUAUGCUAGCGCUCUUUACGGAUCUUUCGCAAUCAGUUUGUUGAGGAUUCCUUUCACGCUGAUACCCGUGUUCGUUGUUGAUCGCUUAGGACGACGGCCGUUGAUAAUCACAUCAACGGCGAUCUCAUUUCUGUCGUUGUCUCUAAUGAUAAUUGGAAUCGAUAUCGGAGCCAGUUGGAAGAUCGCCACCCUGCUCGGUUUAUCGUCGCUUCUGCUGACGACCGCUUGUGGUAUUGGCUCCGUGUCCAGAUUCUACGCUGCAGAACUUGUGCCCCGAAAUCUGCUGAUCUCUUCCGUCUCAAUUCUCACGAUGUUCGAAGCGCUCACGAAAAUCGGUGUUGAGUUCGCCUUCUAUCCAAUCGCUAAUAUUAUUGGCGCUCAAUCGCUCUUCAUGUUCCUCGUUCCCACGGCUGUUUUCCUCUUCGUCAUGUGGGCUUUCUGUCCAGAGACCAGCAAAAGAACAGUAAACGAGGUAGGCUUUGGCAAUUACUGUCGGGCAAAUAUCGCAUCAAAUUGA